AUGCCUGACAGCGGCUCAGAGGCCACAACUACGCCGGCAACGAAUACGCCUGGUUCAGAGCUCGGCUCUCUGCGCACGUUCACUGCAGCAUCCGAGGCAGGUUCGGCCGCCUUGAGUCAGUCCUACUCUGAUCAGCCAAGCAUGCCCAGCUACGAAGAAAGCUCGCUUAACGCCAAAGGUCCAGGCGCAACCAUCAAUCGCAGGAUCGGUGAACAGCUUGGCGGCUCGCUCAGCGAACAUUUCUCCCCCUCUCCAGCCGCUCCGCCCUCGGAACCUUCUCAUCAAGAUGAUCGCUUGUCUGUCGUAGAGCAUCGCCAACCUUACAUUAGUCGCAAUGCCUCGCCCUUGGUAGAGCCUGAGUCCAAAAGUGACACUCACCUCACACCGCCUGCAUCGCGUCCUACCAGCUCGACCGAAGCCAGCCAAGAAACAGCCAGCUCUCCAAUUAUGAAGAUGCAACCGCCAUCUGUCACCACGCCAUCCCUUCGUCACUUUCCCCUCAACGCCAACCAAAACUCCAGCUACGAAUCCGUACAUGCACCCAUCCGUCAGCGUACCGACUCCCGUCCCACCAUCUCACCCACAAACACAUCGCGCGCCAUCUCGACACCAGCUCCAAUGCCGCUGCAGGACCAUCGCCCAACUGUGCGUCGUGCUCAAGGUCAGCGUGCCGAAAGCGAGGUGGUCCACUGUCGCAGCUCAUCCAAGCCGUUCAGCUUCCCUGCAAGAUCCAGUGCACAGUUCGCGCCACUCGAUCGCGCCGCCGCCCUUCAAGCCAAGUCGCUGCAGACCAAAAUCGGCGGCUCCUUCUUUCGCCGCCUCAUUCGCAGAGCGAGCCUGAAAGGCAACAAGUCGCAAUCGGUGGGAGGCACGCCCUCAUCGGUGCUCAGCCUAGCCAAGACCCCGAAUGCCCUCCCAUCCGAAUUGGAAAUGCAAGAUUCGUCAGAGGCAACCACUCCUUGCGCCAGCUUCUCGUCAAGGCGUGCUUCCAAGCAGUCCAAACCACGCACCAGCCUCACACCUCGUCGCAGCAACUCCAGAGAUGCCAGCUCCACAAAGGCUUCCAGGACCUCUUUCAUCUUUGCUCCUUUCCUUGCCCGUGAACCGAGCAAAAGCGGCGGUCGUUUUAGAUCACAGCGCCAAGACUCGUUCGGCCAUCUCGAACCACUACCUCUCGAUCAACCUCCGUAUCCUAAAGAUGGUCUGCCUUUCAGCUCCAGUGCACCGUUCGUAGUAGGUCGCGAUUCUAACUCCCAAAGCUUUGGUCGCAGCAACGGCGACGAGGUCAGGACUCGUGCUAAUGGUGAUGAGAUCCGAAGUCGAGACUUCGCCAUGGUACAAGCGCCGCAGAGAUCCAAACCAUCCUCACAAAUUCAGCACGAACCUGCCGAGCUUCUUGAGAGCCCUCGGAUGGAUCAGGCAGCGCACCUCGGCCAAGACGCCGACGUCGAGGAGCGCCAGUUUCAAAGACCGCCGUCAAACCUGACCGACAAGACCGACAACAGUCUCGGCAUGGCCAUGGCCUUGUCUACCCGCAGUCAUUACAACUUUCAGGACUCAUUGGGUCAAGCAGAACAUUCUUCAGGAUCAAGACAGCAAGCGGAUUCAACAGACUCAGGAGCUAGUCAAUAUGGUCACACACAAGUCUCGGCCUCCUCUCUUGGACACUCAAGCGCUAUAGACGGUCAUCCACGACCUCGGGCUGGUAUUCCGCGCAUCUGGCAAGGCCUCGAGCCCAUCGAUGGCGACAGCACCAUGCGCUCCACCCACAUCGACGACGCAGACGAGUCCGAUGAUAUGUCGCCCGAUCACAGCGUUCCUGCCAACAGGUUUGACACCGCAACCACUACCUGCUCUUUUAAGACUGCCGUCAGCAAUCUUGACUCGCCCAAAUCGGCUUCGGCACGUCGGCAGAAUGUUGGUUCCGGAGCAUCGAAAGUCAGCCUCCGAACUUUGGACACUCCACUUGCUAGACACUUUGACCAAGGAUCUCGACAAGACUCGCCGCUUGCCGACCUCAUCACCAACCUCGAGAGCCGUCUAAGCGUUCCCAGCACAUCUGGCACGCUCGGCUCUGCACCUUACCAUCACGCAGCUGCCUCGCCUAGCAGUGAUUUCUUGCAUCUCGAAGCCGAGGAAGCCUGCCCCGCCAUUGCCGCUGGGCCGUCGCCUUCGCAUUCCUUGGACGGCCAUGAUUUGCAGCUCUACGAACAUAACUUCUGCGAUGACCAAGACGAUGCAUCCAUUCCAGCCGUCCCUCGCGAGUUUUACCAGCCUGCUACCUCUCACACAGCGCUUGUCGAGACGAUCGACUGCUCAAACCACAACUCUUUUAUCAAGCCCACGCCUCUGGCAUCUCAAGAGGAUGCUGACGAUAUGGACGAGCCUCACCACUUGUACAAACGUGACACCUUUGGCGGUCUCGACGCAGUGGCCCUGGCUUCUGCCGCGCCGGAAAAACGCGUAGCAUACGUCUCGACGGCGACACGACCCCAGCUCUCUCGUUUCUCCACCGCGACUGCUACAGCUGAGGACGAUGAACACUCCGCCGAUCGCUUUGCAGGCGGCGAUACAGAAGAGCAAGAAGUGGUAUUGCCAGAGGUCAAGGUAUCUGAGAUCGAGAGUCACUUGGCGGUAGUCGAGGCGGCUUUACAAGACAAUCGUGCCGAGGGAAGCUUCGAUCCCACGUCUUUGCGACAGAGAAUGUCAGAUGUGUCGUACGGCAUGCAUGCCAACACAUCUUCGGCGAGCAUGCUCUCACGGGAAGGCAGCUCGCAGCCGACACCUCGCGCGAUGAAGAGCACCGACGAUCUUUCGCUCCCUGGCGCCUGGACCCACGACAACUCUUCGUUCGUCAUGAGCGACGAUGGUCGGCGCAUCACUUUAGCACCCGAGUCGCACGAGGCGCUUGCGGAUGCUGUGCGCAGCGUCCGAAGAGCCAUCAGCUCUUCGCAGCUGACUGAUGCCAAUGACUCAGGGACGGCUAUCGCGAAUCGUUCUGUGGAGACACUCGGAAUGGAUAGCUUCGUGUCUGACGCGACCGAGCAGGCCGCCAAUCGCACUCUAGCUGGCGAAAUUCCCGUGCUCUCCGAGGCUACGCCUGCUCGAGCUGCCAAACGACGGCAGGAGGGCAUGCGCGACAUUGAGCAGGCUUACAGCCGCAUGCUUGCUUUGGUGCUAUCUUCUGCUAUUGGUGUCACGCCUUCUCCUCAGAUGCGUGCCGAGGAAGGUCGCCUCGGUGUUGAGCCUCCUCCUCGUCCCGCGAAACAAGGUCUGGGCGCUUUGUCAGGCAACGAGCCUUUGUUCAACUCUCCUUUAGCCAAGGCCUCGACAAAGACAGAUGAGCCGCUCAGCCAGCCUGUCCAGGCCAAGAGGAACACGAUGGAUGGUACCAACGUCGUUGCACCCGGCCGUCCGAAGGUGCGCGCACAGUCGAUUGGAGAGCAUCGAACGUCGACCUCGCUGUCUGGUCUCAUGGGUAUGCCUCUUGACAUGAACUCACAAAUGCUGCGGCAUGCUAGCGUCUCGUCCGUCUCAUCAGCGCAGGAUGUCUCCGGACACGAUAUAGAAGCAACCACUACCCGCCGACGACCUCCUUCGGAUGCCAAGUCCAGCUCGAGCCGCUAUUCGCAGGCCUUCAGCCGAGACUAUGUUCUGUCGUCUUUGCUGGACUCAGACAGCUUCCGCAAGCGAUUUAGCAGCGACAACAUGACCGUAGGUCGGGCCAGCUCUGGUGGUGGACACACUUCACCGUCCGCUACCGCCAAGACGCUAGGCACCCCUCGUUCUUUUGCUACUUCCGUCUCGCAGCACUCGCUCGCCAACAUGGUGCGCCGUCAUGAGCUCGAGAAAGAGUCCCUGCUUGACACUCUGGAGCGAGUACGUGCAGAGAAUGCCGACCUCCAUGCUCGACACCACAACCUCACCUCCGAUCUCCACGCAGAGGUGACCCGCGUAUUGGAGCUGGAACGCGAGCUUGAGCGUCGUGACUCACGCGAGGUUACGCUCAUCGGCCAGAUUCAAGACUUGGAGAACGAGCUGAUGGAGCUGCGAUACCUUGACCACCAGCUCAACUCGACCGCUGAUCAGACGCUUGACUCGGAGGAUGGCGAAGGCUCUAUCAUGGACGUGGAGCUUCCUCCCUCUCUUCACAACAGUGUGCGCUUGGGAUCAAGUACCUUGUCGCCACGGGUCAAAGCGAAAUCUGUGUCCUCACCUCCACCCUCGUUCUCGUCUGCGCCGGUGUCUGCCAAGCCUACACACAGGAGCACACGGUCUGAAGCCUUCGUCUCUGGGUUGCCUGGAUCCGAACGAACGAUACUGCCUGCAAGCAGGAGUGAGCUUCCGCGCGCUCGUCCUGUCUCUCUGCUGAACGGUCCUAAUGGCCUCUUCCGGGAGGAUCGUAGCUCGCAGCGAUCUAGCCAGGCGUCGCCUCUCCCCACACCUAGAAGCAGCAGUCUCCUUUGCACACGGCGCUCAUCAUCGAAGGCAACGAGAGCUGAACAAACCUCGCCCACCUUGCUCGGUAUGAGCCUGCCUAAGGACGAUAACGAAGUGUGGAACAUCGCUAACGAGCAGUUGCCAGAGAUCGAUGACGAGUUGGUGCCUUCAUCGACAUUCAGGUCCCUUCACCGAGCAUUCGGCACAUCUGCACACGGUGAGACACUUGACUCAAGGCUUGGUGACGCAGGUCACGGCGAUCAUGACCGCGAAGAGGAAGAUGACGAGGGCCGCAACAGCUCGGUGCCCUCGACAGUUCGGCGCAAGAGCAACACUGCUGUCCCGAGCAACGGCCACCAGCGCGACCUGUCCACCUCAUCAGCAUCGUCCAGCAUCCCUCGCUCCACUUCGCAGGCCACCGUGACCAAGAGCAUUCCCUGGCAAGUGCCACGCCCCUCGCCUACUGUAAGCAAGAUUCCAACCAGUCGCUCCAUGAGCGGCAUCUCGGAGUCACCAGCUCAUCGCAGUGCCUCAUCUCGUUUGCCUCGACUUGGGCUAAAACCGAGCUCGCAGUACCGCACAGCAGGCAUCAACGGCGUUCGCACUGUCUCAGGUGCUACCGACAAGUCGACCGCUUCUACACUCUCUUCAGUUUACAGCAACAUGUCAGCCGGCGCCCCACCUUCGCUUGGCUCCUUGUCCAGCGGUAACAACACCAUGGAGGAUGAGAUUCAGGCAGAGCUCGCUCGACUUGGAAACGCUCAGCCUUACAUGCGAUACUAUUCGCCUCCUCGCAGCAAGAUGAUCUGA